AUGAUCUAUCGUAUUUGGCUGGAAAGAAACAACAGGUUAUUCCAACAACAGAAGACUACUCCAACUGAGGGGGUGCUCCAGCAGAUUAUUCAGGAUACUAGAUGCAGAUUCGAUGGCUCGGUGACCCCAGUUUCAGACACAAGCUGCGCUCGUGACUUUUUCCAUCGGUGGAAGAUCAAAGUGAUGUAUUCUAUGAGGAAGACCUCCUUGCAUUCGUGGCUUUGUCCCCCUUCCAGCAGCAUUGCGAUUAAUUGCGAUGGUUCUGUUAAAAAUAAUAUGGGUGGCUAUGGUACCAUUGCUCGUGACCAUAUGGGAAGGGUUCGAUUUGCUGUGGCUGGUGGCUCUAGGACUUCCAAUGUCCUUCGCAUGGAACUGAGGGCCAUUCGUUGUGGCCUUGAGAAGGCGUGCUCUGCGGGCUAUCCUCGUGUCCAUAUUCGUUCGGAUUCUCUAUGUGCCAUCCAAAUGGUUAAGAACAUUUUUCACACUCCUUGGCAUUGCAUGGAUCUUGUGGAUGACAUUCUAAACCUUAAGGAGAGAUUCCAUUGCUGUACUUUUACCCACGUGAUGCGGGAAGCAAAUUACUGUGCAGAUUAUUUGGCUAGUUUCAUACGUGCUAACCAAGAGCUUUCCUUUAGUACUGAGUGCCUCCCCUUGGCUCUUUACCACCUUGUCAGGGAAGAUGCUAGAGGGAGAAAAUACCAAAGACUGUAA